AUGCCUUAUCCCUUCGUCCUCCCAACAACCUCUGCCUUCUCAUUCUCCACCAGCUUCAGCUGCGAGAGCCAUCCGUCAUUACCCCUCAACGCGAGCACGUACCGCGGGAUCGUGCGCGACACGCUCAAGAAGCACAAGCGCCUGCCGCCCUCGUCGCAGUCCUCGAGCCUCUCUCUCGUCGUCGCCAGUAUCAACGACUACCUGCGCUACCUGCUCGCCGUCGACGCCGGCAUCGCCCACCGCUCCCCGCACGGCGGCCAUGGCGAGCAGAUCGAUGUGGUUUUGCGCUCCGCCCCGGCCAUCGAGUGGCGUCCUUUCCUCUCCGACUCGGCAGUUCCAGGAAAGGAGCCGCCGCGGGUGAGGAUACAAUCGCUCGAACACGAACUUUUCUUCACGUUGAGUACCCUGGCCAGCGCGCUGUCGCUCCAAGCCAGGGCUGCCCUGCAACCACUGUACGUAGUCUCUGUAGCCGUGCCGAGCCCUGAGCAGCGCCUUGCCGCCAUCACCGGCGCCACCAAGCUGUUGCUGGAUGCGGCUUCCAUCUACGACUACCUAAGCACUCGCUCCACAUCGCUGUCGGGCCCCGCCCCGUGUGCCGACAUCAGCCCCGCCACCGUCUCGGCCCAACGCGCCCUCGCUCUCGCCGAGGCAACGUUGCUUGCCGUCUUCAAGGAUGACCCGUACCCUACCGUUGUCGCGCAGGAUCGCAACAACUUGGAUAAGGACUGGAUGUUCAAGGCACCCGAGAUACCAAAGGUGCGCGCCCACCUGUUUGCGAGGCUGUGCUUGGCCGCGUCAGAACACGCCGCGCAGGCCUCCUCGCUAUGUCAGGCACAGUCCUCCGCCGGGGGUUCGGGUAGCGGCGGCGGCGGCAAGAUGGCAGGGUUGGUGCGAAAUGCAACGGCACGGGGCCUCGAUGGCGACUUCGUUCGGUACAUUGAGAACCUGAGGCGGACGGCGCGGGCGAAAGCUUGCCGAUUCUUUGCCAUCGAUGCCGAGCUGGGCGGCCAAACAGGCAACGCGAUUGGUUGGCUCCGCGCUGGCCUGCAGGAGCUCGGGGUUGAGCAGCGGGAGACGGCCAAGAAGAGCGGCGGACUCAGCUUUAGCCGGCUCACCAAGGAAUGGAGCGAGAAGCGGGAGGACCGCAAGGUGGAGAAGGGCGCCAGCUGGGGUGCAGAUGCUGGAAAAAUGGAGGAAGUGCGCGUAAUCGAAAUGCUGGAUGCCAAGUGGUCCAAGCAAAACGACACCAUGAACAUACAAGCCAUCCCAGCACCAGCGACAUUAUUGGCACAGAUGCCUUCCGGCAGGGAUAUGCAUACAGUCAAGCCAUACGAGCCGCCAGCCCUUGAUCCUGUGGUCUUGGAGUCCAUGCGUGCCCCGCCAGAAGGAUCCGACGAUUUUGAAAAUGCGUCCGACUCUGAGGAUGAGGGUAAAGAUAGUAGUAGUCAAGGUCCGGUUGGUGCAUUUCCAGGGACGAGAAACGAGUACGGAAGGACCAAUAGCAGUAACUCAUAUUACUAG